GCCGAGAGAGCAACAUCUGACUUGCGCCUCUCUCCACCACUAUCUUCCUCCACUCCAUCAUGCCUCAAGCGACAAAAGAAGACCUCGAGCGCGACAUUUUCGGUGAUGACUCCGAACUGUCAGAGGAAGAGGAGGUCCCGCCCCGCCAGCGCCAGGCUCGCGCUCAAAUUGAACGCGACGAGUACUCGUCCGCUGGAGAGUCGAGUGACGCAUUUGUCAACGACGACGCACCCCGUGCAAAACCGCCUAAACCCAGACGCCGCACCCGGAGAGACGAUGAUGAGCGUCCCCAGAAGCGCAAACGCAAGCAGACGCAGCUCACCGAGGAGGACCUCGCAGAUUUACCCCCCGAGAUAGCUGCCAAAAAGCGUCGUGAAAUGCAACUUGAUGCAAUCAUAAAGCCAAAGAAGUCUAACCGCCAGAAGAAACGCAAAAAGGACGACGAGGAUGUCCUCGACAGAUUUGCAGACGAGGAAGUAUCGCGGCUGCGCGAGGCCAUGCUUAGUGCGGCUGUCGACGACGAGCAAGCUAACCGGGAUAAGCUGCCAGCUACGAAUAAGCUCAGGCUAUUACCACAAGUUAUGGAGGUAUUGCGAAAGCAAUCGCUCUCCCAGUCCAUAAUGGACAACAAUCUCCUCGAGGGUGUGAAACGAUGGCUCGAGCCCCUCCCGGACCGCUCGCUGCCCGCUCUCAACAUCCAGCGCGACUUCUUCCCGCUCCUGCGCAAGAUGGAGUUCAUCGACUCCGCCGUCCUGCGCGAGUCCCAGCUCGGCAAGGUCGUGCUCUUCUACACAAAAUGCAAGCGCGUCACCCCGGACGUGCAGCGCAUCGCCAACGAGCUCGUGACCCUAUGGAGCCGGCCGAUCAUCAAGCGCAGCGCGUCCUACCGCGACCGCACCGUGCCCGUCACCGCGCUCGAGGCCGCCGCAGGGGGAGCCGGUGGCGCGGGCGCGAAUGAGAAGCUGAACGCGAUCCUCGCGCGCGCGAAGGAGGUCGAGAAGAACAGGGUGCGCAAGAACGCGGUAGCAAUCCCCGAGCAGCGGAUGGGGAGCUACACGGUCGCGCCGCGCGCGGAUGCCGGGAUUAUGAACAGGAAUGACGCGCGCAGCUCGGUCGUGCAGGCGGACACGGAGCGCAGGCGGAAGAACGCGGAGAGGCUGCGCAGUCUGUCGCGCAAGGUGGGCUCGAUGAAGGGGUGAGCUCCUUGUGCGCUUUUGGGCCUCUCAUUUGUUUUGUCGAUGGCUGUUGUUCUGCCAAUUCAGACAUGUAUUUUACACUCGUUAAUUUCACUUUUUCACUGC